GAGCAUGUCAUGAGUAAAGGCUGUCUAAAGACCCAAUUUCGCAGUGUCUGAGCAUGCAUUUCUCGGAUUUAAAGCAUCAUAGAUUCCGUGUUUUCCGUAUUCAACAAAUUCAAUAACAUCACUACGAAAUAUUCCUGAUCGGGUCGAAUUUACCGGAGUGAGUGUUAUUUUGAGAAGGUGUUCGGAUCUAUCCGACGACAAGCAGAGCGCAGUUCAAUGUUCACCACGCUAGAUCUUCACGACGGCGUAUCGCAACAAAAUGGCACUCCGACGAACCGUCCUAAACGCAAUCAAGUACGCCGUGCAUGCGAUUGGUGCAAGUUGAUGCGCAUUAAGUGUGAUAACCACAGACCAUGCUCAAACUGCCAAAAUGCCCAGCGUGAAUGCGGGAUGGGCGGCGGGAACCAGUUUCGGAGCAUCGCCGCAGCAGUAAAAGAGAUAGAAACACUACGCGCUCAAGUGAAGCACUUACAAGAACUUAAGACCAAUGGCGAUAACAGCGUGAAAUACGAUGAUAACGACAGCGGUAAUGGAAAUGAAAAACCAUGGUCAUCGAACGUCAACACAUCUCAUGUUGCAUCGCUUUCGAGAUCAUAUGCGGAUCAGCCAUCUGCCUCGUCGUGCGAUGGAGUGCGUGUUGACUCGACUUUCUAUGGCGUUGGGUCGCUGCCGUUCUUUGUUAAGAAUAUGGGGGGUUUUAUACAGACCACACGACAACAGACCCUACCCAACCUAGAUAUCUCGGGUUGUUUUGGUGCGGCGAAUAUCCCAGCUAUUAUACCUCAGGAUGGCUUAAUUACCGAUUAUCUCCGACCGGCUGAGGAGAUGCAUUCUUUCGAUUUAUUCUGGCAGACACACUACUUCAGCCAUCCUAUCCUCCACGAAGCGCAGUUCAGAACAGAGUACACGACACUAGUAGCUGAAAGUAUGCCUGGCGAACCUCGCAUGGCGUCACCCUUGGUAGAUAUUAUACUGGCAUUAUCCAUUCAAUUGGGAAGUUCCUCACGUAACACGAACGGCUUUCACACUAACCAUAGCGACUCGCCAAGACAAAGCUGCCCUUCCCUCGCUGGUUACCAAUAUUACCAGCGGUGUCAACAGGCUAUUGACCAGUCCAUUGAAAUCCCAUCUAUCACUACUGUACAAUGCUGCGUUUUCAGCAUCGUGUAUUUAUAUGAAGCGGGGCUCCUAAAUAGGGCUCAAGUUACUAUAGGGAAGGCCAUCAUGAUGGCCAUGAUGCUAGGAUUGCCUAACGAACCCGCACUAAACGUACCAGAACCGCAGCGAGAGGUCGCUCGUCGCACCUGGUGGAGUUUGUAUAUCCUAGACACUAAGCUAUCCAUGGAAGUCGGUCGACCUCCAAUAAUUGGCCCUUCGCAUUCGACCUGCCAUCUCCCAUCUGACUCUCCUGAGGUUGCUCGCUGGCUUGCUCCUCACUAUCCAUACAAUGCAGCCUGUCCCACUUGGCUAGGUUUUCAAACCCAGACAUUACGCCUUCUCGACGCGGUUAGGUCUGUUAGAUCCGCUUUCUAUGCCAAGUACGACUCCGCCGUAGGCGAAAAUGGGUAUAUGCACUUCGUUACCAGCGCCACUUUCCGGGAAGAGUGUGCACGCGUGCUUACCGAACAGAUGAAAGAUCUCAACGCAUGGACUAAGCAAGUUCCCUUGGGAUACUUCGUACCACGCAAGAAUGGUCACCCCUACUCCACAGAUCAAUCACCUCUUGAGUUGGACCCAGGGCCAAACGUCAUUAUUCACUGCCAACGCCACCGACUCCUCCUCGAGUUACAAUAUCAUCAGUACUGCAUGAUGUUGUAUCGCUCAUUUAUCUGCUUCGCUCCCAAUUCCGAAAUUCAAACGCCACUCUCCGACAGUCAAGCCGCCGCAGCCCUCAAUCAUGCUAUGGAACUAACGAGCAUGAUCCACCAGGCCCUUAUCUCUUCGGAGGCUCUUAGUGGUAUAUACAGCGCCUUCCGCUGGCAGAAGGAAGCACUCUUCACUAUGCUCGGCUUUGCUUAUAGUUUUCCCACUAGCCACCUAGCCUCAGAAGUACGCUCAAAAGUCGACAUUGCCCUUGCCAUUAUUGAUAAAUAUCGCGAUACUCUACCUGAGGCCGGACGAGUUGCCGCCGUCGCCCGUGUCUUAGCCGAAGAUGUGAGCGCCGUGACUACUAGGGCUUGUAGUACUGGAAACAGCACAUCACCACCGCCAUUGUUUACCUCUCUUGGAGGGUCAAUCACCAGCACUGUCACCGCACCUAGCGACGCUCUCCCUUCAGACAAAGCAGAACCAGCAAUACAGGCCUCCACGCUCGCGUCGCCCUCCGCUAACAACGAAAUUUUUGACCUCAACUUCUUACGGAGGCUAGAGGAUGCGAGUCCAUAUACCUGGGAAGGCAUGGACUUCCUAUUAUCUAACCCGGAUACAGGCGAUACAGAAGAGAGAACCACAGACACUAUAAGCUAAAGAUCAUAGCAAAUUUAGCUUCGCCUUUAAAAGGAUUAACACAAGGCUAAAACUCUUUAAAAUACUGUAACUCAUAUUUGGAAACAUUUACGGUUUUUAUGCUAUAUCUUGUGUGUUUAUCUUAACACUUUCUUCUAGCGUGGUCCACCCACUCUUUCCCAUAUCUCGCAGUAGUACCUCAGCUCGCUUGCGCGGAACAAUUUCACUCAAAUCC